AUGAGGCUGUUUUCCUACUGGCGCAGCGCGGCGUCUUUUGCACUCCUCGAUCUCGAUCGCUCUCUGUCCGACUCCAUUCGGCAUCUUAAGGCGGCGCUGUACAACUACAAUGCCCCUAUUACCCCUGUCGAUGGCCGGUACAAGAAUGACGCCCGAUUUGGCACGUUUCGUGUCACCCGAGACGCGGCCAUCACUUUCUUACGGCAAAACACCCUCCCAGUCUCAAUCCCUAGUGGCUUUUCCAAAAAUCUCUUGGGGCUACACAGAGAAGUGAGAGACUUAAUCUACGAAAAGGCUCUUGUGUAUCCGCCGACAGGUCUAAGGAUUUACCACAGACGCUCCGACUACAGUACUGAACUAUUUCGUGUCGUGGGCUGCGCUCGCUCUCCGAGUCAGGCCAGCCUAGACUCGGCGGCGAUGAACAAGUGGAGGAAGCACUGCAAGGAUGAGAACCACGUGCAGGAGGCAGAGGUACAUAUUGACACGCUCCCGAACUUAGUCAGCAUAUGGUGGCUCGGGAAAACCAUCUGGCAAGAGGCAAUGUCAGUCUUCUACAGCAUGGACCACUUCCACUGUGCGAACUUGGCGGAGCUCUGCGAGCUGUUACAGCGUACUCCAAAUUUUCGCCAACACUUUCGCUCCAUCUCAUUCCACUACGAUGGUCGACGUCGAUCGAUGGCAAAGAAGGCACUCAGAAUACUGCGAGAAGCUACAAAAAUUAAUCACCUCUACAUGUACAUCGACCCUGACAUCUACAAUGACAUCUACAAUGGGAUCUACAAUGGGAUCUAUAAGGGCUAUCAAAGUAUCGAUAAAUACAGGGGCUUUGCUGGACUGUGGCAUACCUUUGAACAGCUCACAGAUCUCAAGACGUUCAAGAUCCACAGCCGCCGGGGACAUCCCACCCUUCUGGAGGUACGCAUUUGAAUGUUCAGUUGUUUGUUCCCCCGCAAACGUGCUAAUGUAAUGUAGGCUGCUUCGUACUUCAAAGAUGAGCAGGCGAAACGUCCGAAUCUCGCUCACAUUGUGUUCAUGGUGGAUGAUAAGCCCAUUCAGGAAUACGAGCGAGAUGAGAUGAAGAAGAAGGAGGCGAUCUUGUCCGCGAUUCAGUCGACAUAG